UAUCAUGAUCUCCCACACUCUCUCUUUCUUGUUCUUGUGUGUGUGAGAGAUCUUAAAUAUACAGAGAAUCUAUACUCACCAUCCACCUAUCUGUCUCUACUAGGCCCCACCUUUCACCUCCACCACCACCACCACCUCCACCACCUCAACUCCACCACCUCCAGUAGCCAUCAUUCAAUAUUUAAGUUUUUUUUUUAUUGAAGAAAAGAACUCUCAUACCGCCAACAAGUUCUUGAUUCUUUCUCUUUUUUUAUGAGCUUUUGUUCUCUCUUUUUUUAAAAUCUAUAUUUGUUUUUGUUCUGUUUGUUCAAUAAACAAAGACAUUUAAAGAAAAGGGGGAGGAAAAAAAACGAAAUAACAAACUUUGUAACGAAUUUUUUUGUUUCUUUUAACUUGUUUACCGGCGAUGCCUACGCCGGUUAGUACGGCUAGGGAAUGCUUGACACCUGAAGCAGCUCACGCGCUAGAUGAAGCAGUGAGUGUCGCGCGCCGGAGAGGACAUGGACAAACGACGUCGCUUCAUGCUGUAUCUGCUUUGCUUGCUCUGCCUUCGUCCAUUCUACGUGACGCUUGUGCGCGUGCUAGAAACUCGGCUUACUCGCCUCGCCUUCAAUUCAAGGCUUUUGAGCUUUGUCUUAGCGUUUCGCUUGACAGGGUUCCGGCGAGUCAGCUAAGUGAUGACCCACCGGUGUCCAACUCGCUCAUGGCGGCAAUAAAAAGGUCUCAGGCGAACCAGAGGAGGCAGCCAGAGAAUUUCCAUUUGUAUCACCAAAUAUCGCAGCAGCAAUCCUCUACUUCAAUGUCGUGCAUAAAAGUGGAGCUCCAGAACUUGAUUUUAUCGAUACUCGAUGACCCGGUUGUGAGUCGGGUUUUCGGAGAAGCGGGUUUCCGGGGCUCUGAAAUCAAGCUUGCUAUUGUCCGGCCCCUUACGCAAGUUUUCAAAUUCUCGCGGUUUAAAGGCCCUCCUAUGUUUCUCUGUAACUUGAGUGAUAAUCCGGAUAUGGGUUCUGGUAGGAGGGGUUUUAGCUUUCCUUUUCCGGGUUUUACUGGGUCUUUCAACGGAGAUGAGAAUUGUCGGAGGAUAGGUGAGGUGCUUGUGAGAAACAAAGGGAGAAACCCCCUGCUUGUUGGUGUAUGUGCGUAUGAGACACUAGCAAGUUUCAGUGAGGUAAUAGAGAAAAGAAAAGAGAACAUUUUGCCUGUGGAGUUAUCUGGAAUAACUGUGACUUGCAUUGAAAGUGAUAUUUCAAUGUUUAUAAGUGAGAAUUUCGAUAAAGGGUAUGCGGAUUUGAGAUUUGCGGAGGUCGGUCGAUUUGCGGAACAAAAUUUGGGACCUGGGUUGGUGGUGAAUCUGGGGGACUUGAAGGCAUUUGUUGGUGGUGAAGGUGGUAAUGGUAAUGGUAAUAGUUUGAGUGAUUCAGUGACCUAUUUGGUUGAAAAAUUGACAAGGUUGUUGCAGUUACAUGGAAGGAAAGUGUGGUUUAUAGGUGCAACAGCAAGUUAUGAGGGUUAUUUGAAGUUUGUUAGCAGAUUUCCUUCCAUUGAAAAGGACUGGGAUUUGCAGCUUUUGCCAAUCACUUCUUUCAGAAAUUCCAUGGUUGAAUCUUACCCAAAGUCCAGCUUGAUGGAAUCAUUUGUUCCAUUUGGUGGGUUCUUUUCUACACCUUCAGAGUUGAAUAGCUCCUUAAGCAGCUCUAACCCAUGCAUAUCCCGCUGUCAUAUGUGCAAUGAGAGGUGUGAACAAGAAGUACUUGCUGUUUCAAAAGGUGGAUUUAUUGCAUCAGUAGCAGAUCAGUACCAAUCCAACUUAUCUUCUUGGCUGAAAAUGACUGAACUUGGCACAAACAAGGGAUUGGAUGGGAAGACAAGAGAUGAUGGAGUGGUAUUGAGUGCCAAAAUUGCAGGCCUGCAAAAAAAAUGGGAUAGCAUAUGCCAGCGUCUUAAUCACACCCAAUCACCUGGGUCAAACAUUCAUCCUUCUAGGUUUCCAACUGUUGUUGGCUUUCAGCUUGCUGAAGAUAAAAAGGAAGAUGUUGAUAAGUGUAGCAGCAAUCAUAAAAUUGCAUCACCAAAUGAAAGUAGAUGCAUGAAUGUCCCCAUCGAUGUGCAGAAGAUUUCAAGAAAGCAAUUAGGUGUUCCUUUAUCUGUAGUUUCUGAGCUGAACACCAAGAGUGCCCAAUCCAAACAAUGGGCAAAACCUUCAAAAGAAGAUCUUGAGUCAGGUGGUCUUAGAUCUCCUUGUUGUUUUUCCAAUUCAAGCAUGGCUGAUGGAAGUCAAGCAUCUCCUGCAUCAGUGACUUCUGUGACAACAGAUUUGGGCUUGAGAAUAAGCCCUGUUUCUACCAGCAAUGAGCCGAAGAAAUCUGUAAAUAAAAAUCAUAGAGAGCUUCCACAGGAGUUAUCAGGUUCCCUUUCACCAAAUGUUGAUGUUGUCAAUGGGAGUAUCUCUGAACAGCUAGCUCAAUCAUCACCAUCUUCUUCUCUUGAUUUUGGUGGGCAGUUUGAUCCUAGCAGUUUCAAGACGCUUUUCGGAGCUCUAAGGGAGAAAGUUAGCUGGCAAGAUGAAGCUGUACAUGUUAUCAGCCAAACAAUAGCUCAUUGCAGGAUAGCAAACAAAAGAUGCCAAGGAGCGAGUCUGAGACGGGAUAUAUGGUUCAAUUUCCUUGGACCUGAUAGCUGCGGUAAGAAGAAAAUUGCUGCUGCUCUGGCCAAGAUAAUAUAUGGAAGCAAGGAAAAUUUAAUAUCUGCAGAUUUAAGUGCACCUUAUGGGAGGAUUCACACACACAGCCAAGAAGUGCAUGGCUAUGAUGUAAUAUUCAGAGGGAAGACUGUGAUUGAUUAUGUUGCUGGGGAGCUGUGCAAGAAUCCCUUAUCUGUUGUCUUUCUUGAAAAUGUAGAUAAGGCUGAUGUGCAGGCUCAGAAUUAUUUGUCUCGUGCUAUUCGGACUGGUAAAUUUUCUGAUUCACAUGGAAGAGAAGUUGGAAUAAACAAUGCAAUUUUUGUGACAACUUCAACAUUUACAGAUGAUAAAGUUCUCCCUUCCAGGAAGGAUUUCUCUACCUAUGAUGAGGAAAGAAUAUUGAGAGCAAAGGGCUGGCCAAUGCAGAUGUUAAUUGAACAAGCUCCUGCCGACAACAUGGGUCAAAUUUUGAAUCUUUCAAUCGCAAAGAGAAAAGGCAUGGCUGCUACGAUGCUUGUGAAUAAAAGGAAGCUUGUUGGUACAAAUCAAAAUCUAGAGCAGCAUGAAACUUCAGAAGUGGUUAAACGGGCUCAUAAGAUAUCUGCUAGGAAUCUAGAUUUGAACCUUCCUGCUGAAGAGAAUGACGAGCUAGGCACUGAUGAUGGAAAUUCUGAUAAUGACUGCAUGUCUGGUAACUCCAAGGCUUGGUUGCGAGAUUUCUUUGAUCAAGUAGACAGAAUAGUGGUUUUCAAGCCUUUUGAUUUUGAUGCUCUUGCUGAGAGAAUAUUGAAUGAGAUCAAUGAGAGCUUCCACAAGAUCAUUGGCUCAGAGUGUUUCCUAGACAUUGACCCAAAAGUCAUGGAGCAAUUACUUGCAGCUUCAUAUUUAUCUAAUAGGAAAAGAAUGGUGGAGGAUUGGGUGGAGCAAAUCCUUAGCAGGGGAUUUAUGGAAGUUAAGGAAAGGUACAAUCUCAGUUCUCAUUUUAUUGUGAAACUUGUUGCCUGCAAGGGCCUAUUUUCAGAAGAGCACAUGCCAGGGAUUCACCUUCCUUCAAAAAUUAUUUUGAAUUGAUGCAUUCAGAAAUGGGUAUUCUGGGAGUUACAAUUAUAAUGCAGCAUUAGAAUCUAGUAAUCUUUGUUUAGCCUGUUAUUCCCAUAAUUUUGGUGGUUUGCAGGUUAGGUUUGUGUAUUUUGUAUAAUCAGUAAUUUUCUUUUUCUUGGGGAAAAGGCCUACAUUUGAACUAAUGACCCUUUAUAUGGGAUUAUUCUCAAAUGUACCAAUUGAGCCAACCCAAAUUGUUAUGCAAUAUGUACAACCUAUAGUUAGUGGUUGUGUUAUAUUUCAUCUACUUCAAUACAUAAAUCAGAUGUCUUAUGCUGACUUCUGAUUUUUAAA